GUUUGAUGAUAGUCCAGCUUGGAUGGUUACACGUUGAUGGUAGCGACACCCAAACCCCUGGUCGGUAUGGCGGAGAUCCCCGUUUCCAUCGGUAGCUGGUGGGUUCAAGCAUCGAAUCCCCCAAGGACGUACCCAGCUGUGGAUGCUAUUUCGGUGCCUGUUGGGUCUCGGGAUGUACUCCGUCUUCCGGGGACAACGCUGCCUAACUCUAGCUGCGGGGAAGACUAACACCAGUCCGCGUCUUGUUCCCACAUGGUGUCUCGGUCGAGGGCCAGGAGUGUUGACCCCCAUCCGGAAUUGGGACAAGUGCCCGCGCCGACGCCAAGUUCCGUCCACACCGUCACGUCAACACCCACACCGUCAAAUGCGAGAUCUGGGAUGCCAUCAGCUGGCGAUCGAUACAGCAGGGGUUCUUCGGCCUCGGAGAGAUUCACCCAAACCGCAUCGCAUGGACCUUUGGGGUUGCUGCUGCAUCGUCGAUAGCGCUACUGCACACUACGGAUGCAGUGAGGAUCUCCCUCAGCGCGGAGCUACGGGACAACAGACACUCACUUUGUGAGAAUCAGUCUGCAACUUCUCGUCCGGGUUCCUGAGUUUCUGUCUUUGACUUUUCAGGUCCUGUCACUCGUUCACAUCUGA